AACAGGAUAUAACGGGAUGUGGGAUGGUAGACUGGAGCCUUUCACUUUCGGGCAACGCAAGUUUCUUUCGGCGAUCUCGUGCGAUGACGAGACCGGAAAGCUCUUCCUUAUCGUGCCUUGUGUUUUCAGGGCAAAUAUGAAUGCUGCGUGGCAAUAUUUACGUAAAUUAUGUAAUCGAGAAGAUACCAAUUAAAUUCUAUGAAGAUAUUCGUUUGCAAAUUAUAUAGUGUAAUUUGCUUCCUGAAUCACAAAAUCCUCAAUGACACUUGCAUAAGAGUCUAUUGUUGAUUGAAGAACUCGCUCACGUGAAGAUAUGAAGAAUCUACGAAGAUAGACAAAAUUAUAAAAUUAAACAAGUUGUCAUAUUAACAUUUUAUCACAUAUUGAAAAAAGGAAACAUGAAUGAAAUGAAGGAUAAUACGGUACGAGUAAUAUUUAUAUCCUUACUGCUGGAUCUCCUAGCAUUUACAAUGAUACUGCCACUACUGCCAGCUCUAUUGGACCAUUACAAAGAAAUAGAAAAUGGACAGGGAUUAUACUCUACUAUUUUGAGCCACAUGAAAAGCGUACAAGUAUUUUUUGAUGCACCAGAUAAGGUCAGCACAGUCCUUUACGGAGGUUUCCUCGGUUCUAUGUAUUCCUUCUUGCAGUUCCUGGGAUCACCAAUCAUAGGAGCAUUAUCGGAUAUUUAUGGACGAAAACCAUUGAUGCUACUUUGUUUGGCGGGCAUUUCAUUUUCUUAUCUCUUGUGGGCUUUGUCCAUGGAUUUCAGUAUUUUUAUAUUAGCUAGAUUUGUAGGUGGAAUCAGUAAAGGAAAUAUCAGUUUAUCAAUGGCUAUUAUCAGCGAUGUUACUUCCCCAAAAUCAAGAGGAAAGGCAAUGGCACUUGUGGGGAUAGCCUUUUCUAUUGGUUUUGUUGUGGGACCAAUGAUAGGGGCGUAUUUUGCAUGGAUUUCUAGCGGUAACAGGGAAGGCACAUGGUAUGUGAUACCGGCUCUAUUUGCGCUCUCCCUUGCCUUAAGUGACUUAUUUUUUGUUGCCUACUAUCUGAAGGAGAGUCUAUCGCUGAAACACAGAGCGGCUACUUUAGCAAAAGGAUUAUCCGGGGCGAUUUCCUACAUUAAUCCCAUAGAUCUUUUCCAAUUUAACGGAGUAUUAAACUUGAGCCAGCAAGAUCAACGAGAUUUGAAGAUAUUAGGUCGAGCAUAUUUUAUAUACCUGUUUAUAUACAGCGGCUUGGAAUUUACUUUGACAUUUUUGACACAUCAUACAUUCGGAUUUACAAGUAUGCAACAGGGAUGGAUGUUUCUCGGGAUCGGACUGAUCAUGGCAAUUCUACAGGGUGGCUGGAUACGACACAUUCUCCCGAAUAAAACGAAAGCUACCAGUGAGCUGGGUUUGUGGCUAAUAAUUCCCGCAUUUAUAUGUAUCGGUGUUGCUACCAAUGUACAAGUUUUGUGUAUCGGAAUCUUUCUUUUCGCAGUUUCCACCGCUAUGGUUGUUACUUGUAUGAUGACUUUGGUAACGCGUAUCGGACCUGAACAUCAAAAGGGUGUAAUCACUGGUAUAUUCCGUUCUCUAGGUGCGCUAGCUCGCGCCUGUGGCCCCAUCGUCGCGUCUUCAGCAUUUUGGUGCCUCGGAAGUGCCACAACAUAUUUAACUGGGGCUCUACUGCUCACGCUACCGCCGUUGAUUUUGCACAGCAUGCAUACCUUGUAAUAUGUGAUACGAUCAAGUAUUACGCCAUCCUUUACCUUUUUAUAUAAUUUUAAAAAUCCAUUUUAUAAGCAGUAUUUUUAUAUAUUUUCUUUAUAUACUACAAUUUUAUAUUAAUUUUUAUACAGAUAAUGUUUAAUAUUAAGAAAAUAAUAAUUUCCAUUUGAUGGAUAGAUUAAUACGUUCAUUAACUAGACAUCACAUUUGUUAACAUUGUAUUUUUAUAUUGUAUUUCGCUUGUUACUUACACACAUAUAAGAAAGUUAAACUAGAUAUAUAUUUAUAUGUAACAAAGUUAUUUGUUAUAUAUUUUUUAUUAUAUUUUAUAUGCU